GUUGUUUGCGUUUUUUCAGGCGUCUGUGCUGAAAACAUUUAUAAUAAAUAAUCAAAAGGCGAAUUGGAGUUAAGUUAUUUGUUGAUUGCGUGAAUUGUAAGCAUUGGCAAAGUGGAAUAACAUUGAAUUACACUUAUUGGAAGGAUAAACCAUAUGACUUCAUUUUGACAGAGUGUGGAACCUGUUGAAACAAAUAAAAUAAUAAAAUGCUGUACAACUUGCAACAAAUAAUAAAUGUAUAAUAAUCAUGUCGAAGGCAGAGAAAAAGAUGGUCCCAAGGAACCAGUUGAAAUCGUUUAAAGAUCGAAAGACAUUUUGGUACACAGUAAAUGAAUUGAUGAAAAAUGAAGUAUGUCCCAGUUGUGGUAGAUCUAUGAACAAGUUCAAGAAUAUAACGGCGCACGUUAAACGCUGUUUUAGCAUUAAGAAAAUCGGACCUAUCUACCGACUUCAUGGCUAUAAUGAAUGUAUAUGCGGACUUUUGAUAGCCGACAAUGCGAAGGCUAAGAAACUGCAUUUAUGUACGGGUGAGGUGCCAGCAUUUGAGCCAGAAUUGAACUAUGAGCAGUUGAGGAGUUCUUCAAAUUUAAGCAACCAAGAUGAUCAAUCUACAGGCAAUCAGAUCCUAUCAAGUCCUCACUUGGAACGUGAGUUGCUUCAGCCUAAGCCGUGGAUACGAAACUUUGUGUCGCCAUUCAAAUUAGAUAUUGAAAAUGUGCAGGAUAACACAAAAUCAGAACCACGAGUUCGCAAUUUUGACAUGGCAUCCAACAAUUUAGAGCCGGAGCCUCACAAUGUGAGUGUUUAUUCAAUAGGCUCGAAUAAUGGCGCUAUAUUCGUAAGAGGACAUUCGGGAAAAUCACAAACAACGAAUUUUAUUCUUAAAAGAGAUCCAAGGCUUCGACUGCCAAGCCUCAAAUAUAGUUAGCAAGCCUGCUAAUCUUCCAAAAAUUGGAAAACCCAAUUGUAAACAAAAAUAAUUAUUACAUUUACUUAAUUGCGCUUGAUUUUUCAAGUUUUCUAAAUUACAUAACUUAAGAUAUGAUGUUACCUAUAAUUAUUCAAAUCCAGCUAACAACAAAUUGUGAAUCGUUAAAUAUAAGAAAGUAUGAAAUUUAUGUAAUUAUAUAAAUUAUAAUAG